AUGGCCCAAAACCCAUGGUAUGUUCAAAAAUCGAAGGCAUUAAGAACGAGCAAGUUGGAAAAAAUCAUUAACAAAUUCAACUCAGAAUAUGCCCACCUGAUGUAUAUUUCAAAAUUUAGAAACAUAAAAAAUACUCUAGACAGGAUUUACGAGAACUCAGAACUUAUAAUUAAUAAAAAAACGUUUAACAUAGUUCGGAUAAGUUGUAUAGCACAAUUGCAACCAAGACAUUUGGACAAUGUUAAGGAUGGAUUAAGCAUUUAUCUUUCCAACUUUAUGUUAAAGGCCAACCACGAUGUGGAGGGAUUCACCAUAUGUUUCAACGGCAUCAAACUGAAAGAGAAAGAACCUAAAGUUAUUAAUGGAGAUCCAUCGAUUAUGUUUUUGAAGAUAAGCUUCAAGCUUUUACUUUUGGUUUUGAAGGAGAAUUACAGAAUAAAGGUACAAAUUAACAAAAUUGAACCUCUAAGAAUUCACCUAGACGUUUUUGGAAUCAUUGAAGCAACAUUCGCGGAAGAAUUAUUUAAAGAAUUUUCCUAUAAUUCCAGAAAUAAUACAUUCAUAAAGGAUAAUAAAACUUUUUCCCUGAACGAUGUUAUCAAUUUUACUAUAAAAAACGUUACCCAUUCCCCGUGCGGCUCGAAUGUUAAGCUCAUUGGAUGUAUUUAG